GAGUCGGUUCGCUUUCGAAAGUUUCACAUCCGCAAGAGAGCGGCAAGGCAAGACGGAGCGAAGUAGGCGAAGAACUAAGAAGUCUCGCGCGCGAACUCGGUACGCUGUAGGCGAUGACCGCAUUCAUAUGAGUUUUUAUUAUAUUGUGAGAGUGCUGUCGUGUUUCCCGUCCCGUUAAGUGUUUACGAAAAUGCUGUAUAGGUGAACUUCCCGAAUAAACAUAGUGUUGUGUUUGUGUCGAUAUACCUUAUUCCUUCUAUUUUUUUACUGUCUCUUGAAGGUUUUAAAAAUGCCUUGCUCAGCCGUAACUUUGUCUAUAGCGACCAUUACAGCGAUCGUGGCUGCUGCUUUAAUGGCAAUAGCAUUCUCUACUGAUAACUGGCUGUAUGUCGAAGUUAAACGCAACAGUAUACAGACAUACGUGACGGAGAACACGGACAUCAACUCGCAGGCCAUCCUAGAGAGUCUAAACACAAAGUACUAUUUCUACACGAGGACGCGUGGCCUCUUCCGAAUCUGCUAUCCUAAGGAACGACCUCCUACGGUUGAAAUAUACCUGUCACCGGUGGAGACGCACUGCAGCAAUGUUGACUACUUCAUUCCCGAUGAGAACAACGAGACCAAAGGGCUGUCCGACGAUGCGAUGAACAGGCUACACAUGGCGCGCUCCACGGUGGCUCUGUUCAUCGUUGGCUUCCUGUCGCUGUUCAUCGCCUUCUGGACCGGCGUGGUCGGCUGCUGGAAGCGGAGUCCGGGCAACAUCACCGCCACCGCCAUCCUCAUGCUUGUCACAUGUUUACUAUCAGCUGGCGCUAUGGCGUUAUGGCACGGAGUGGAGUUCUACGAGAAGGAAAAAGUUGUAGGAGAAGAAUAUUAUCAGCAGUGGCCUAAUGUAUUAAAAGACUACUCGUCGAUUUGGUACGACUGGUCAUACAUCUUGGCUUGGUUAUCCGUUGGUGUAUCCUUCGGGAGUUCCAUUCUUUUCUUCUCCGCCGCCGUUUGCCUCAGCAAAGAGAAGAGACGAGAACAGCAGAAUAACGUGCAGUAUAUCAUGCCAGUGUAUCCCCAGAAGCAGCAAUACGCGUACGCCGGGUACCCGCCCCCCCAGGCUUACCCCGGACCCUACUACCACGGCUCCCAGUACGGACCCUACAACUACUGAGCAUGCGACCAGAUGAGGGACCUCGUG